AUGUUUUAUUCAGUGCCUUGUAAACACCCAACAAUCGAAUCAGCUUUUAAUAAGCUUGAUGAAGAAAAGAAAUGGAAACUCUCAGCGGGUAAAAUCGUUGAAGACGCUUUGUACGUAUUUGGUGAGCAAUGUCUUGUGGACCACCCAGCUUGUUCUAUGAUUUUAGAUUUGGAAGACAAAACUUACUUGAAAGAAUGUGUGUUUACAGAAGCAGAGAUCGAGGAGAUUAAAAAAAAAAAGAAUUCUAUUCAAUUCAUCAGCCAUAUACCUGAAAAACUUGCGACUUAUAUAAAUGCAUUCAAUCUUACAAAUACUCAAAAUCUAAGAGAUGAGCUCUUAAAAGCGCAGGAUUGGAAAAGCAAUUAUAGUAUUAAUAAGGACUAUGAUUUGGAUUGGGUCAAGCACACUAUCUAUUCCUUUGUAAGACUGUAUGAAUCAGGAAAUUUGAAAACUGUUCAUAAGGAAGCAUGGUGUAAUACGCGUGUGUGGUCCUUGAUCGAUACUAUAUUCGAUGAUUUUGAAAGUUUACAAGUUGUGCGUGGGGAAGCCUCUAGUGCAGCAACCACUAAGCGGAAAAACGUUGACAGAGUGAUUGAUUCGGAAGACAAAAUCGCUCGAUCCAGCGUAGGGUACAAGUGCAACUUAAUUAUACGAGAAAGUAAAGUGCAACAUGAACAUGCUUACGAGUAUUGUGUCGGUGGAACCGCAAUUCAGUAUCAAAAUACCAAGACACUUUAA